UGUGUGUGCGCGCUUCAGCAGUAGUCUCCAGCUGCUGAGCGGAGAGGAGCGCCCCAACCCUCCGCUGGACUCCCCGCGUGCCUCCUUCAACCUUCCAUGUGAAUGAGAGUCUUUUCUUGAACGGAGGACACCGCACCAUGGAGGGCUCGCGCCGCACCAAGGAGGGCUCGCGCCGCACUGUGUCUCUACGGGGAGUUGUAUCGAUCCUUUUCCUCACCGCGCUGCUGGAGCCCGGAGCUGCCGGUAUGCCCCCUUACUUCCAGAUGAGUCAGCUCUGUAUGUUCUGCGACGUGAAGCUUUCCUCCUGCAGCGGCACGGGGACCUGCAUGUCCAACUGCACCAUUACGUCCAUUUGUAUGGACAGCAACGAGGUCUGUGUCUCCAUCUGGAGAAAGAACGAGACCGACUUCUCCAUCGAAACCCUGUGCCACGACCCGUCCACGUCGCUCUACGGUGUGAUGCUGGACGACUACAACAGCUCCACCUGCGUGAUGAAGGAGAAGAACACCACGAGCGGGAUGGCUCACAUCUGCUCCUGUACGGACGUGGACGAGUGUAACGACCAACUCUUAUUCACCCCCGUCGUGGAUCCAACCCCGGACGACCCUUUGGUGUCGGUGAUCCUGGUGAGCCUGCUACCUCUGCUGGUGAUGGGGGUCGUGGUGGCCGGAAUGUUCUACUGGCACCGAGCCUACCGCCGACGCGUGAGCCAAGAGUGGGAGAGCAGCAUGAAGAAGCGCAAACCGAAAGCCGGUGGGCUGGACUGCAGCGACGCCUGCGCCAUCAUGAUGGACGAUGAUGGGUCGGACAGCAGCUCGACGCACGCCAACCACCUGAACCACAACACCGAGCCGCUGCCCAUAGAGCUGGACAUGCUGGUGGGAAAAGGACGCUUCGCCCAGGUGUACAAGGCCAAGCUGAAGCAGACCACAUCGGAUCAGUUCGAGACGGUGGCCGUGAAGAUCUUCCCCUACGAGGAGUACGCCUCCUGGAAGAACGAGAAGGACAUCUUCUCCGAUGCGGACCUCCGGCACGAGAACAUCCUCCACUUCCUGACGGCUGAGGAGAGGAAGGUGGAGAAACAGUACUGGCUCAUCACCGCCUUCCACCACAGAGGAAACCUCCAGGAGCACCUGACUCGUCACGUGAUCAGCUGGGAGGAGUUGCAGGUGCUGGGAUUGUGUCUGGCCCAGGGCGUCGCCCACCUGCACAGUGACCGCCUCCUCUGUGGGCGCCCGAAGGUGGCCAUAGUCCAUCGAGACCUGAAGAGCUCCAACAUCCUGGUGAAGAACGACCUGACGUUGUGCCUGUGCGACUUUGGGCUGGGACUCCGUUUGGACAGCAAUCUGUCUGUGGAUGACCUGGCCAACAGUGGACAGGUGGGCACGGCGCGGUACAUGGCUCCGGAGGUGCUGGAGGCCCGACUCAAUCUGGAGAACAUCGAGUCCUUCAAACAGACCGACAUCUACUCCAUGGCCCUUGUGCUUUGGGAGAUGACGUCCAGGUGUGAAGCCGUCGGAGAGGUGAAGGACUACGAGCCUGCGUACGGCGCCAAGGUGCGAGAGCACCCAUGUGUAGAGAGCAUGAAGGACAGCGUGCUGAGGGACAGGGGGCGCCCCGAGAUCCCUGACACCUGGCUCCGGCAUCAGGGCGUGGCGGUGAUCUGCGCCACCAUCACGGAGUGCUGGGACCACGACCCCGAGGCCCGGCUCACCGCCCACUGCGUCUCCGAGCGCCUCUCGGAGCUGGAGGACGAGAUGGACAAGCUGUCCAGCCGCAGCUCGUCGGCGGAGAAGAUCCCCGCCGAGCUGAAGAUCCCGAUGGAGGUGGGGAUCCCCGGGGAGGAGGUGAAGAUCUCCCAAAUACAGGACGUCCCCGCCGCAGACUGCUCAGUGAGCGACGAGAAGUGAGAGGGAGGAACCAGACUUUAAGAAGUAUUAUUCCCCAACAAGGGCACUUAUUCUGCUUUCGUGAGACUGAUGACCGGGAUCUCCAGGAGUUGAGCUCCUGGACGUCCCGGGACGGCGUCAUUUCUUAUUCUAGCCCAGGAGAAACCACACAAGAGACUCUGGGUGACGCUUUUGGACUUCAGCGCUUCUAAACGCAUAAUAACUUAAUCUUCAUUAGCUGAAAAGAUAAAGAACCAAUGAAAAAAGGCAAAGUUAACUGGAAGCUUCCAAAGAUGCACAGAAGAAGGUUUUUAUUUUAGUCACAGGCUUCUCUGAGUAAAAAGGUUGAGAAACAAACAUGGCCAAAGCUGUCACACCAAAGACAUGUAAUGUGUGUGUGAGUGUCUGUGUGUGUGUGUGAGUGUGUGUGUGUGUGUGUGUGUGUGUGUGUGUGUGCUUUUACCCAGCUAUACUUAAAACCUUGUUGCACAAUAAGCACAAUGUAAAUAUUGCAAUAGACAGUUUUGUACAUAAGAGACGAACCCCAAACAAAAGGGAAACGACUUCUAUUUCAACCAGAGAUUAACUGACUUCAUAGAGAUGUAUUUUAACGUUUGUGUUAUUUCUAUAUGUUGAAUAUCUGUUGCCUACCAUACAAUGUGACAUAUCUGUAAAAUAUGUGUAAAUCUCUUUAUGAAAUUAAAGAUAUGUCUGUAUACUGA